AUGUCACAAAUUACUAUAGAGACAACGUCUCGUUCAAUCUACGAAAACCUCAUCACUUCAAUGAUUCAAGACGUUGUGGCAAGGACAACCACUCAAGCGCAGACCCUGCGUUCGCGAUAUGGCGACAAUCCCGAGCCAUAUUACUACGAUAAAUCUGGCAAUUUGGAUAUACAUGGUAUGCCAAAGCAACAAGAUAGCACUAUUUACUUUCACUGUGACAAUUGUAACAGAGACGUCUCUGCAAAUCGGUUUGCUGCUCACAUUGAAAGAUGUCUGAGCCGAGGUAGAAGAGGUUGA